GUCACUUGUGUGUAAAAUGCGGCUUCGAGCGAUAGGUGCAUAGACAUCCUAUAUUUUUUUUCAAGUAGCUCUAAUUCAGCGCGUCUCAUUUAACGGCGUCGCAAAAUAAAUGGUAUUGAGGAUUGCGAUUUUAUGUUGUUAUUUUUUUUUGGACUCAACUAGUUUUGUAUUUUCUCAAUGAAACAUUAAGGUGUACAAUAAAUAAAAAUUUCGGACGGUGUUUUCACUCCAAUUUAAUAUGAUUGUUUUGCAAAAAUAAGUCAUUCAGAAUAAGUCUUUUUUCAAAUUUUUCGAUGUCUCUAGUUUCAUUUUUUGAGUAGUUUUUUUUUGAUACUGUUAGAAACGCACAAAAUUUUGUAUUAUUCUAUCUUGACUCAUAUUAUUCCAUUUUAAGUUUUUUCACUAGAAUAGGUUUAUUUUUUGUUUUAAUUUUUUAUAGGUAAAAAUAAUAGUUACCCCAAUUUUUCUCUAGUAAAUUAGUCGGUAAAAAUGUCUCUAGUUGCUCAACAAUGUAUUCCGCAACCCUCCGCUAAACAACAGCAAAAAAUUCAUCUACCUCAUUUAGCUCACGAUCCAUAUUUACAAGAGUGUGUUCAACGUUCAGCUCAACCAUUUCUGCAUUCCAGCUCCAUUUCAAAAAAACAUUCUCCAAGCAUAUCUUGUUCACCACAAGUAUCAGUCCCCAAUGUAGCUAACUCAUUUACUCACCAACCUUCCUUUCUUCUGCCUUCACUCAGUAGCGUUCAUCAAUUAAAUAAUUCAUAUACCAAUAUGUGUCCUAACGUGAAUACAAAUGUUUUACCGCCACCGCGUAGUUAUUACGUAGUAUCUUGGGUUCCUCGUGCCUUACCUGAAGUGGUACAAUUAAUUAAAGAUAUACCAAGUGAAGAAGAAAGAUGUUUAAUCAAUGAGCAUUUUGAAUUAGGGAUGCUAGUUAUGCGAAGAUGUGGUGUUCAAAAUCCAGAGGAAAUCAAAUGUCUUCUUGACGGUUUUCGUGAAGGAACCACACGGCUCAGUUUGAAAGAUCAAAGUUCUAAAAUAACUACUACUACCGAAUCUCGUAACCAUCAUGACAAUCAACAUCAUUCAGAAGAAACAACAGGAUACUCGUCUUCUGUAUGUUGUACUCCAACUGUAGAACGUCGACGACUUUUAAUUUUCUUCAAUGAUCAUCGAGCGAGUCGACCGUGGGUUCUUUGCCCCGCCAAACACUGCAUAAAAUCUGCGAGAACGACUGGGAAGGUUAAGGGGAGAGUUAAAAUACUACAGUACGACCAAAGAUCCAGUAGUGUUCGAAUUCCAAAGCUUUUUAUGGAUUGUUUAUCUGAUUUCCUUACACGUGAUCAUUAUGUCUUCGCUACAUUUUGCCCUCAACAAAAAUAUACAGAUCACGAGUUGCAUUGGUUUGGUGUUUCUGAUCGAUGCAAUGGUGCAGGUAACGAAUAUGGGGGCGAUGCUGUUUUUCAGGAAUUAUUAGAAGAGCAUGAUACUAAAGGAAGUCAUCGUAUUUGGCCUUUUGAAGAUUAUAUCAUUUUUUCUAAUUCACAGGCUAAAAUUCUUGCUGUUUUCAAAAAAAAGCAACCUUUAUUAACGUUGUAUCGAAACAAAUGGUUGAGUGGAAAAGAGACUUUGGCGAAAAAUUCAGUGAAUUCUUCUUUGGGUUUAAACUCGUAUAUGCGACCCGUCUCGCCGAAUGAUGUCACGGAGCUCCAUACAACGCUUAUGGAUAAUAAAAUCCCCAAUGGUAUGUCCGAUUCAUUAAGAAAUCAUUCUGUUCCUUGCCAUUCCAUGAUACAAAAAAAUAAUAAAGACAUGUCACAUUCUUAUCAAGAUACUUUAAAUAAUUCCAAUCUUUGUAUAUCUCAUCCCCUUGUCAAAGAUAACAGCAUGUGUCUCAAAAGGUCACCAAAUCAGACUUCGGACAGUGGAUUAGGAAAUCAACGCGGAAACAGUAAAAACCAAUUGACAAGUCGUUUAAAUGAGAAUCUGGGAAGUUGCAGAAAUCACUCGGCGGAUAAUAUCCUGACGAAAGAGGAAUUUUUACAAUCAGAAGCACUUUCGAUGAAUCAGCGAGACUAUAAAAAAGUAAAAUUACAAAUAGACGAUAACAGCGAAAACUUGUCGUCAACUUCUUCUCGUAAUUCCUCAUUUUCGUCUCACCGAGAUGCGUCAAAUGAUAAUAAAAAAAGUAGGAAGAGAAGAAGGAGACAUCAAUGUAAAACAAAAAUGUCAAACAACAAGAAUCAGACAUUUCCGUUUAAGUACGAGAGUGUGAAUAACGUUCAAAAUUGUGAUUCCUCAGUAGAACAUAGUUGUCAACAAUCUUCUCGUCAUGAACGGUCAAUUUGCCAAUCAAUGCAGUUAAAACCGAAUUUUCGUUACACAAUCCCAAGAGUGUCUAAAUGCGUCUCUCAAAACGAAACAGCAAAUUUUCUUCCUUAUUCCAAUGCGAAUUGCAGUCGAUACUCUGGUAAUGAAACGUCGAAACUAAUUACUGAUACAAUGUCUCAAUUUUAUACCGAAAAAAGUAUUUCCGACCAAAAUAAUCCACUGGAAUCGGGUUCAGACCAUAUUACAAUGCAUGGGCAAGAUCAUUUGCUACACAUGGAACAAAUGUCAUCGCUAUCGAAUGCUAAUAAUAUGAUGAAUGUAGGGCAUAAUUUAACAAAUGGUUCUCGGUGUAAUAAUUUGGGAUUUCAAGUAACAUCGGACGAAAAUAUAAACCAUACAGUUUCUUAUAAUCAUACUGGCAGUUCUUUGCCUUCACCAAUCAGUCCUAUAACAACAUGUGAUAUAGUGGAGCAAGCAGAGAAAGCUGAGGCGGUUCUUAUCAAAGUCAUGACAAGUGUUUUGGCACACUUAGAACCUUUAGAAGAGUCGGAAAACAUUGAUUUAAAUUUGGUUUAUCAAAAUGUUGCGUGCACUACAACGUCAGAUUUACAAUCUAUUCUACAACGAAGUAGUAGAGUUGCUAAUUUUUCACCUAUGAGUAAAUUCAAUACUUCCACUUCUUUGUCUUCAAGUAUGAAUGGUAAAAAGAAAAAAACUCUACGAAGUUCUCAAUUUAAAAAAUGCUUGAUAGAGGAUGAUUUUAAAACUGACCAAAAAUUUAAUAAGAUGCCUAAUGACAUGGCAUCGUUCACAGACUACCCGUCUCACAUUGGUACAAAAAAUGAUUUUCAACAAGACAGUUCAAAUGAAGGCCAUAGUCUUGGGUAUCACAAAAAAACCCAUUCGGAUAUUUCUGAUUUGACUGGAUACCAAGAAGAUGAUGAAAGGAAAGGAAGUGAGAAACUAUUAGUAAAGCAAGGGUUCUCUUAUGUGAAUGAAGAGAGGUCACAAAAAAGUUGUAGCGCUACAAAAAAGGAUCAGAAUAAUGGUGAAUCAAUUGAUUGCGUUCAUCCCUCAACGGACACAUCGUCUAUUAUGUCGGUUACCACAACAAGUUCAUCCAUGACAAGUGGCACUGAAACCGUUGUAGAUGAAAAUUGCUCUACGACAUGGUUUCCAACAGCAUUAUCAGAAGAGUUCUUAGGAAAAUCUAAUCUUGAUAAAAGUGUCAUGGGCUACAAACCAGAAUCGAAACAGUGUAGAACAAAAAGCGAUAUAACAAUAAACGGAAGUUACGACAAAGAAGCAAAACAUCGCAGAAAAAUGAUGGGUUUACCGUGUGAGGUUAAUGCUGUCUUAUAUCAUGAUCUAGUUCGUCAAUUCUUAUCACGGGUAGCAUACGGUCUGGAUCAUCCUCCACUACCACAAAAACGUAUUCCGGACACUGUUAAAAGAGUUGUUACAAAAAUUGUUACUGAUACAAUACGUGAAAUUAAUUUGGCGUUACUGUCGUCAUCACUGAAGUGUUAUAGCGAAACUCAAAUACCAACAUACCUUACGAGCAACAACUCUUUACAUUCAGGCAUUGACCAAAACAAUUUUUCACAAUUCCCCAAUCACUCUGAUAAUGGCACACACUCUCCUUUGUUACAUUCACCUAAUGUCAGUUCUUCACUUCGAGAAAGCCCUUCUGUUAGCACACAACCGCUUCCAAAUUGUUGGACUGCUUCAUCCCAUGAUAUCAACAUGUCGUCAACCCUUAACUCAACAUCUGGUUUUUCCUCCCAAUUAGACUUUCAACCGAAUUCGGAUGUUACUAAAAACUUAAAUGUCGGUGUACCAAUUUAUAAUUCCAACACUUAUGACAACAUAGGGUCGAAUCUUCGUCUAUGUAGCAACUCAACAACUCAACAUCUGAAUUUUCCAUGCUAUUUAAAUGGAGAAAUGCUUAUGCCACCUUUAAUGCCAACGUUUUACAUGCCAUCCACCAAAAAUCUUUUAUUAGAUGGAUCUGGAACAGAAACAUUCGACUGCAUGGGUUCAACUCAGUUAUCGACAAAUGCGGACUCCAGCUUACCUAUGUGUUCGAAACCUCAUUACAAUGGUGUGUUUGGAGGUUCACAAUCAGAAGAAGUAAAUAAUUUUUCCCAAAUGAGGAACAACUGUACUGUUUAUUCCAAAACUGUGAAUAAUCACAAUUUCUUUCUUGGAGCCUCAAGUACUAGCUCUAGUCAUAGUCAUUUUGGUGCAGAGGAUGGAAUGGAACAGAUACCACUAGGAACACGGGAAUCGGUAUUGCAACAUAAAUAUCUUGACGCAGGUAUAAGAGAUCCAAGUCUUUUUUUUUCAGAAAAAAUGGACCCAGAAUUAAUGGAUAAGCAUAUGUUAUCGUCGACAGCAUCCACAACAUCCUCAUUUUUAUUAGAUUCAUACCCUGAAAUUUCCAGCCCAUUAUUGUUUGGAGAAUAUAUUAAUCGUGCUACUGGCGGAAACUCAAAUUCUGAUAUAUCUAAAACCAACAUGUCACCUGCUUGCGAUUAUCUUGAGUGUAUGACACAUGACAACUCGUGUCAUACAUUUGAAAGUCAGGUAGAAAAUGGGGCUGUUAGUUCUUCUGAUUUGAAGGGUCAUGUUAAUGGAGGAGCUAAUGAAAACAUUCAUAAUUUCAACGGUUUCCAAUCUUGCGACGAGCCACAAAAUGAAAAAAGUACAAUUGGUAUGGCAUACAAAGAGAAUGACAUACAUCAAAACAAAUCUGAAACCCUUGUUAAUCAAACAUGUUUCAAGGAAGGUUCAACCGAUUCUGAGGAACCGCAUUCAAAUAAGUUUCCAAGUAUGUUUCAUCCUCAAACUAAAAUGUUCCUGGUACAAUGUCAAAAAACUAGUGAUCAUCCAAUUCAUACCCGUGACGAGACAAUGUUUUGUUGUCCCAAACCGUCAUUACAAAAUGCUUUUGAGAAUGCAGCUGAAAAAUCUCAUGUAACAUUUCAUGAUGAUGUUUUGCAAACUGAAUGCAUGAAAAGAGACCUUUCAGAUAAUCACGUAUCGAUAUGUCAGGAAAAAAAAAGUCAAUUUCUUUUUCAGCAACCAAACUUUUAUUCAAUCCAUUCAACCAGAGAUGAUUGUACUGGUAGUGAAAAGUGUAACGCGUUGUCAGAAAACCAACAAAACGAUGCACAAGUUCUGUUUCAAAACGAAUCAAAUAAUUUAUCUAAAACUGACAGUCAGUGACGAACCAUUUAAAUCUUGUUCCAAAAAAAGUUUAUGAUUAAAUUUGUCAGAAAGACUAUACAAUUAUGAAUAAGAGCAUUUAUCCACUAUUUCACUUCAAAUAAUCGAUUUGCGUACAAAUAAAGAGAAAAAGUUUUUUUUUGUUGCUGGUUUCCGUUAAAACCAAAAAAUUACAGAUUCUCUUUAGCAGUAGUUUGUUGCAGUAGUUCUGAAGAGUCUGUGGUAUAUCAAUAUUAUGGCUACCUUAGUUUUGAACUAUGUUUCAUUUGAAAAAUUAGUACUCUGUUUUCUUUUUAACCUAAAUCCUUUACGAACAGAAAUUUUGAAGCAAAAAUUAUGGAUUUCCGCAUUAGUACCGACCUAUACUACCAUGUUGUCAUUUGAAAAAUAUCUUUUUGAAAGAUAAUAUUCCAAACCCUUCAAGCCGGUAUUUUUGUUGGAUUGCUACACCGCCGAAGUUCACAUACCAACUAUUACUUCUCUAAUAAAAACUAUGGGCGUUUUGCGCGAUGGAAAUGAAAUUCCCAUAUAUUCUGAUCUGUUACCUAUAUGCAUACGAGAAAUUAAUGCAGAUAAUGCUUGUAAUGUAGAAAUGUUGAGGUUUGAGUUCAAAAAAAAACGUUUCUACUGGUGUCUUUUUCCCCAAAAUAUCAUAUACUCUCCUGUACUUUGUUAUGGAAAGUAUUAUUUUCGAUGUUUUUUGACAGUUUCCAAAUCUUGGAAGUAAAUAGUUGUCAAGUCUACAAUAAAAAUCAAUAAUUUUUUAAACUUCAUCUAUAACUAUAAUCAUCAGUCUAUGAGGAUAGUAUGGGCGAUUAUAAUUCGUAUUUUCGCUGAUUCGUCAAACAAUGAUACACUUAUAGAACGACUUUUGUCGUCGUAAUUAAAUACAAUAAUGUUUUUGCAAUUUUACCGUAACGUUUAUUUUUUUCUGCUAUUUUUAUACGCCUGUAGAUUAGCAGAGUAUGCAUAACGCUUCAGAAUUUAUUAAAAUGUAGUUAUUCUUACCGAUUCCAAUUAAUAAUUUUUUAAUAAUAUAUUCCUUUUAUUCAGUCUGGAUUUUUAAAAAGUUUUUCUUUUUAAAAAUGAUUUCAAGCAAUCAACCGCAUAGAUUUUUUACAAACACAUAAAAAAAAAGAUUCUAAGUCUUUUUUACGUUCUUCUUUUUACGCAGCUUCCGUAUUCAUCAAAAUUCCAAACCCCAGGUCACUUGAGUUUAACAAAAUGGCAUCCUGUUUUUUUAUGCUACAUUCAUCGUGUGUCCAGAGUAUUUUUAUGUUAAUUGAUUUUUUUCGUAUGUUUUUCUUCUCUGUUAUUUGUUAAAAAUAUUUUGUGGAAAUUGAAACAAAAUAAACAACACAGCCUUUUUCAUAUUUGGAU